AUGGCGCAAUUUGUUCCUGAAGGAUUUACAUUCAUUAAGGCUUUGAACAGCGGAUUUUUAGGGCCAUCAUACCUUCUUAAAAAAGAUGAUAACAAUCAACAAUACAUUUGCAAAAGUUUUAUGAAGUCCGCAAUAGGUGAUGAUGCUGAUGUGGACAACUUUGUUCAAAUACUAAAGAUAUCACACCGCUUAAAAGAAUCAUGUUUUCUCCCAUUUCACUAUAUAUACGUUAUGGAUGAAUAUAUUUAUGCAGUCCGACCAUUCUUUGAGGGUUUAGCCCUUUCAGCGUACAUUGCAAACUGUGAAUCAGAUAUUAACAUUGCGUAUGCACAAUGGAAAGUGCUUUGCAGACUUUAUCGUCAUCUUCAUAAACGCAAAAUCUCACCGAAUUUCAUAAAACCAAGUAAUAUAUUUAUGGAAAACGGAAAUAUUGCAUUUAUUACGGAUAUUUAUCCUCCUCCACGAUCUUUUAACCCCACGAUACAUCGUUCAAAUCCUUUCGACGUAGGCUUUUUAUCUCCCGAAUACUUAACAGCAGGAUCAUUCCCAACUAUUAAAUCUGAUAUUUGGUCACUCGGUAUAUUAUUAUGGUUCAUGGUUACUAAAAAGCUUCCAUGGAACAUAAAUAAUGUUGUGGUCAUGCUUAAACAGAUACAGAAAGGAACUCCUGAUAAUAUUAAUAUGCUACCUGUUGAAUUUCGAGAUAUAAUUUUUUCAACACUCGUUUUGAAUCCAGAAAAGCGUACAGAUACUCAGACAUUAGUACAUGCUAGACCAGGAGUUGCUAUUCAAGUACAAGAUGAACGCCAUUCACCAAUUCUUGGCGCUGCAGACAAUGUUCUUAAACCAAUGAGGAUUUCUCCACCAGGAUCUCCAACAAAUGCUAUGGGUUCGUUCCUUCCUGUGAGACGAAGAAACGCUUCCGAAGAUACAUUAUCACAACAUGGUGAUGAAGCUUCUCCUCAUGUUAUGACUAAUCGUUUCUCAAGAAUGGUAAACUUAUCUACAAAGAGGAAUUCGUUAUUACAAAUCUCCCAAGUAUUACCAAAAUAG